CAGAUUUCCUGUAGUAGAAUCUAUUUUUGUUGACCGAGGGAAUAAAUGCCUCUGGUUUGUAAAGAUUGCAGACCUCUGUUAGGAACUUUUAUUUUGAAAGCAUUUGUGAAGUCGCAGCUUGUUUCCGGCGGACCUUUUCUGGUGUGACACUAGAUCAUGACGACAGUCCACAGAAUCACACCGAUCCCCGAAAACUGUGUUUACACCAGCUGUUAUUGUGAAGAAAAUGUGUGGAAGCUGUGUGAAUUUGUUCAGAAAGAGAGAACUGCUCCACUGGAACAGCUGUUUGUCGUUUUUAUCUCUAAUGACAAACGGAUGAUUCCUCUGUGGAAGCAGAAAUCCGGACAUGGCGACCAGCCUGUGAUCUGGGACUACCAUGUGAUCCUGCUUCAGGUGCGCCCUCAGUCGGACUCUCUGGUUUACGAUCUGGACUCUGUAUUGUCGUUUCCCUGCAGCCUGCGGGUCUACGGGGCCACGGCCUUCCGCUCGGACCGCCACAUCCGACCCGAGUACCACAGGAAGCUGCGUGUGAUUCCUGCUGACAGCUUCCUGUUGAACUUUGCGUCUGAUCGAUCUCACAUGAGGAACCCUGAUGGAACCUGGAAGAUGUCUCCUCCUCCAUAUGCACCCAUCCAGACGGCAGAGAGUCAGAUGAACCUGGAUGACUUCAUCAGUAUGAGCCCUGCUGGCGGCUGGGGAACCGUCUACAGUCUGGAUCACUUCCUGCUCACAUACACUGGAAACCCGUCCACAGCAUCGUCUUCAUCGUCUUCACCCUGAUCUUCCUCAACGCCACCAGCAGCAGAUGUGGUUACAUGACAUUGUUGCUUCAGAUUGUUCAGAAUCAACGGUUGUGUUGGACUUUUAUCCUGGUUCUGAUGUUGGAUCCUCUAGUUUCGACCUGUGGAUUAUUUUCUGAGUAAUAAAAACAUUUUUAUCGUCUAUGGACAUGUUGACAUUAAAAUCUGAGCUUGAGGAAAACAAGAUGGACCAACUUCUAACUGGAAAAAGCAGAGUGUGAGUAAAACAUUGAUUAAGAAACAAAAAAGAGCUUCUUUUAACCAAUAUAAGAAUUAAAAAGGUGGUUAUUUACUUUUUAAGGUCAUGCUUUGGACCCAGACCUCCAUCUACGCCUAAAACUGUUUGAAACUAUCAGUUUUUCUCCUGCCUGAACCAGUUCAUGACUCACACUGGUGCAUCUCAAUAUAAAAGUACAAUAGAGUUGAUUUAGUUUAGUUAUUUAGUUCAAAAGUGAAACUCAUAGAUUCACCAGAUAGAGUAAAAUAAUUACAAAAUUCACAUUUUGCACAUUUCUGUGCUUCCAUCUGGGUUUCUACUGCUGCUAAAAACAACCUAAUGGCUUAAAAAGACACUUAACCAUUUUUUUAUUUUUAUUUCUUUCAAAUAUUUUUUCAUCGAUUUUAUUUUUUUCAUCUUUCCCUUUUACUUAUUGUAAGACUGAAACAAUAAAUAGAAACAUUUGUGGCCCUUGAAAUGAUUUUGUUUAACCCCAGAACAAAAUCUGGGGUAAAAACAAUUGAUAACCCCCAAAAAUGGGAAAUUACAACAAUCUGAAGCCCUUUUUAUGUCUUAGACCUUUAAUGAUACACAGAUUUAAAUUGAGCAAGUAAAAUAAACAAGCAAACAAAAAUAAAAAUCACAAUAAAUCAAUUCUUGCCUUUCUGAUUUGAUAACUUUUGUAGCCUACAAAUAGUUUAAAUUAGCCAGUUUUGGUCCCCAGGGCUAAAAGUUUGUGUUGCACACUUAAUUAGUCAAUGUGGUUUUCUACUGUCGAACAGCAGAAUUCAAUUUAAAUAAGAAAAGGGAGAGGGUGUAAUUAUUUUAAAUGUCCAUUCGGUCACGUUUGUACACCACUGACCUCCGAUGUGUCGCUGCUGCCCCCUGCUGGACAUACUAAACAACAAGGAUGAGAAAGUUUUUUGCUGUUUUGGGUCAUUAUCCUGUUACUAGUCGACACAUUUCUCCCCAGAAUGCCUGGAUAGUUUGAAACUCUGCACAGAUUGAAAACAGCUGCAGCAAAGCAGUGCCAAAACAAAACCAAGCUUCCUUCGUCUUUCACAGUCGGGACAGUGGUCUUUUCUUGAUCUGGUUCAUAUUUAUGUCUCUGAACAAAGAGCUAAAAAGAAAAGACUUUCUCCCAGAAGCUUCACGGCUUGUUACCAUGCAUUGUGGUUCAUUCCAGCCUCACUUUUUAUGAUUUGAUUUGCUCCCAUUAAGUCCCCUUAGGCUGAAACAACAUAAAUAAUUCAUGGAUACGAUCCCGCUCUAACAUGUUCUGCAGCAGAAUCACCUGCUGAAACCAGAUGGGUUGGGUUGACAUUCCUGUAAAUGUGGAGGUAAAUUUAAUCAGGAAGAAGCAAAGGGAGCUGAUCAACUCUACACUCGAUACUAGAAAAUCUUGUCAAACAAGAUUCAAUUAAAAAAGUGAGUAUGACGGUUCAUCUCAUCUGCGUCUGUGUGGCUGAAACUUUGUGAAAAUUACAAUGCAUUAAAUAUCGUUUUUGUCUUUGUUUCCACAGAUUUUAGAGAAUGAAACUUUUCAGCGCUGAUUAAAUUUGGUCAUCAUGCCAAAGCAGAAAUCUAUGUCAACUAUAUCAGGUUGUCAGGAUCUCAAGAACCAAAGUUUUUAUUAUCUUGUUAGUUAAUGCUCAAUUCUGCUCGUCGGCAUACGGUGCCUAUGGAGGGACAUUUUAUAGCCACUUAUUGACAGAUCAAAACCUCUAGUUCUGCUUUAUUAUUUACCAUUUAUUCCCUUUCACUGUUUUUACUCUUUGGUCACACUAGGAUAUUUCAGAUAAUCAAAUAAAUCAUAGUAAAUACAAAAAGCAAAGAUGCUUUCCUUAAUUAGGAAGAAAAAGGCAACCAAAGCAACAUGGUGUAUGCAGUUAAACACUUUAAUUUUAAGACACUUUUAAAUAGACAUUGUUUGUCCUGUUUUCUACAGAACCAUCUAUUUUGUUGGGUCGUAGAUUUUUUGUGAAAUCUUUGUGAAAAGAAUCUGCGAAACAGAUUAUAAAUAAACUUACUUAAAUGUCAA